GAAGGUUAAAAAGAAGUGAAUAAAUUCUUGAAUGUUGUUGUAUAUUUUAUUUGAUGACAGACUGCCCAAAACAAUGCUUUUGACCUUUUCAGACAAAGGUACAUUUGUAAGCAGUACUAUUCACCCUGUCUUAUUGUUACUAUGAUUUCUCUGCUGUGUGCUGUGAGAAAGUCAUAUCUGACCUUGGUCUAUGCAACUUAAUGAAGCUGUCCAGUCAUGAUGAGUUUUAUCUGUUGAUAAAAUUGGAGAACACCGACUACACAUGUGCUAAGAGGAAGUGGGAUCAGGUUGGCAAUAACAUGUUUUUUUGUUGCUUGUCAUUGUUGAUUACAUUUGAUUGAAAAUGCCUAGGUGGGGGAGGUUUGUUGUUAUGUAUACAAGUUACUAUGAAACGAAGAGAUUCAAAAGGUCUGAUGUAUUAUACGUGUCUUAGACCAUUAGAGGCAUACAAUCAGGCACAUACCGAACAUUUAUAUAGCUAUUGAAGGGAUUGAACAUAUUAAGUAAAUUAAUGAAACAAUAGAAGACAUGACAAAAUGAGUCAUUCUUUAAGCUCUACCCAAAUUUGUGCACCUGUCUAAUUCUAACAGAGGGAUCAACACUUUCAUUUUUUGUAAUCUGGGUUCUCCACCCCACAGCUGUUAGAAUAGGACAGCCCACCCCAGCGUUCUUGCUGCCAGACCCACAUAACAAGGAGAAGACCCUUUGUGGGAAUACUAAGCUUGAAACCAGAUUGAAUUGGUAUCUUCUGUCAUGUGCCUGCUGCUUAGUGAUAUUAAAAAGAAAAAUUGACAGUCCUGGAGAACAGCGUGUGACUUUGAGCUGCACAGGUAGGAAGUAAGAUGUUUGUGGAGUUGUGUCAUAAGAAGUGGGUCACGGCACUCCUGCUACUCUACUGUUUGCGCUUAUCAGCAUCCGAUUUCCUAUGGCCAUGUCCUCAAAAGUGUAUUUGUAAGCAGGACACUCUUGAGGUCAAUUGCUCUUCCAAACACUUAACGGUUGUUCCAGAAGGAUUGCACAUCAGUUCCAAACGGCUGAACCUUUCUGGCAACCGCUUGAAGACACUGAGUCGGCGACAGUUCUAUGGAUUAACCCAACUAGAGGAGCUGGACCUUAGUGAGAACAUUAUAUCUAUGAUUGAAGUGGAAGCAUUUCAGGGUCUGAAAAACCUACGAAUAUUAAAAAUAAAAAAUAACAGACUUAAGAUCAUCCCAGUUGGUGUAUUCUCUGGUUUGUCAAACCUUCUCAGCCUGGACAUUAGCAGGAAUGAGAUACUUGUAUUUCUAGACUACACAUUUCAGGAGAUGGUGAACCUACAGGACAUGAAUGCAGGGGAAAAUGACCUGGUUUUUAUCUCACAGAGGGCCUUUGUUGGUCUGCAGAGCUUGCAAGAGCUGAAUGUAGACCGCAGUAACCUUACCUCUAUCCCUACUGAUGCGUUUUCACAGCUCCAAAGUCUGACCAAACUGCGCCUACGAAGACUUAAUAUUAAUGUAUUGCCCAACAAUGCCUUUCGCCGGCUGCACCAGCUGCGUACACUGCAGAUACUUCAGUGGCCCUCACUAGAGACUUUAAACAGCAACAGCCUUGUAGGUCUUAACCUUACCACCUUGGUUAUCAGUAACUGCAAUCUGAGUGCCAUACCAUAUGCUGCAUUGCGCCAUUUAACACACCUGAUCUAUUUAGAUCUGUCCUACAACCCUAUUACAUGUAUAGAGGGCAAUAUGCUAGGAGAAUUGCUCAGACUUCAGGAAUUCCACUUGGUCGGUGGAAAACUGCUCCGCAUUGAGCCAGGGGCCUUUAGGUGUCUGGUUCACUUUCAGCUGCUCAAUGUAUCCUCAAACCGACUUACAACCCUAGAAGAGAGUGCCUUCCAUGCAGUCGGAAACUUACAGACCUUGCGGUUAGACAGGAACCCUCUAACUUGUGACUGUCGUUUAUUGUGGGUGGUGCGACGUCGUUUGAGGUUAAACUUUGACGGUCGCCAGCCAACAUGUUCGGCACCUGACCGUGGACGCAAACGGGAGUUUCGUGACUUUUCAGAGGCAGAGGUCUCAAAAGUGUUCAUCUGCAGACAGGCAUGUAUAAUGGAACGUAAGCUGCAAGAAGCAAAGGUGGAUGAGGGUAACAAUGUGCAGUUUGAAUGCAAAGCAGAUGGGUAUCCCCCACCCACUAUAACUUGGUUAUCACCCCAGCAGACUCCAUUUAGCUCUAUGGGGAGAAUACGAGUGCAUGCAAAUGGUACUCUGGAAGUGCGUUAUGUCCAAAUGCAAGACACUGGAACAUACCUAUGUAUUGCAGCUAAUGCUGCAGGGAAUGAUAGUAUCUCUGCCAGACUUCAGGUAAGGAACUCCCCUCGAAACUAUACAACUCCCAAUUUCUUUGAUGAGAGCUGGGUUGAAACUUCAUUGCCUCCUUCCACCAACUCUUCAGCACAAGUAUCAAGUCCUUACCCCUUUGAUGCCAAGACCCUUGUCAUUGCUACUACUAUGGGGUUCCUUUCUUUUCUAAGCUCUGUGGUCAUUUGUUUUGUGUUCAUGUUCCUCUGGAGUCAGAGCAAGGGCCAGAUUAAGCACACAGCAACCAUUGACUUUGUGCCACGUACGUCUAUGGGAGGAGGUGGAGAUGGUGCUGACACAGGGAGGUUUACAAUGAAGCUCAUAUGAAGUCUUUUAUAGAUGGUAUUUAUGUGUAGCUAAUGUAUGCAACAGUUUCCCGAAUUGUGGCUCCUGUAAACUGCAAAUUCUGCGGGAUUGCUCAGUUACUGCCUUCAAUUCAGCAAUGCCAUUAGCUGACUUUCUGUGGGGCAGUACCACUUGCAAAAGAUGCAACAUAGGGUUACUUAUUUAUCUUGAAAAAAUAUAGAAAGUAAAAUUUGUGUUACUAUUUAAAAACUAUAUGAAAUAAUUUGAGACAUUGAUUCCAAAACAAGCAUCACCAGAGAAAAUAUGUGUAUUUUGAUCAGGUAAUGUGUAUAUUUUAAAAUGUAGUGUUGUAGAAUACAAAUUAUUUGCUCCUUCAUAUUUGCAUUGUGGUUUUUAGAUUAAUCAAUCUAGAUCAAAAUAUAAUAAACUUCAGUUAAAUUGACAGCUGUGGUAUAUUUUCCUGGGCUGUAAAAGUAGUACCUGUUAUGAAUUCUUUGAAAGCAUGUGUUUUUGAACUUGGUGAUUUAAAAAAAAAAAAAAUUAUAUAUAUUUAGAUGUGACUCACCAAUGUAUAAAUAUAAAAAUAAGACAAGUAUGAUGUGAUCAGGUGACAUAAGAUGCUUUGCAAUAUAAUGUAUGUAAUGUACAUACUAUACACUUCUGCUACACAUUCAGCUGAGUUACAAAUAGUAAUGUUUUGUCAUGAAUACUAUUUGUGUACUAUGCACAUCUGUCUGUUAGGCGUUGUUUUGCAUGAAUCUUUUUGUUGACCUUUUUUUAUAAUAAAUUCUGAUUUUUAUUUGAUUUUUGAUUUUUUAUGUACUUUAAUGAUUGCAUUGUAAUUAUCUAGCUAUAGUCUUGAACUUAUAAAUAUCUAAUUGCAAAUAUUUUCUUACACAUCUUAAUUUUAAUCCUAAGGGUACAACAGUACUGUCAUGUAAAUGAAACAUGAUAUGACUUUGUAACAAUUGUUAUGAUUCUGUAUGUGAAUAACACUCUACCAAGAUACAUGGAGAUACUGAUGGAGUGACAGUCUUGAGGACAGAAUGGCAUGAGGACCAGAUGUGCUCUAGGGAAAGAAAAGAAACAUGCCUGUAUACACACACACACACACUUCUAUACUGAUGGGAUUGGUCUCUUUAGUGAUGACAAUAUCCCCUUUGACAAUAUAAUUUGAUGAGUAUGGAAAUGGUGUGAAUCAUAUUCUAUGGUCUUUGAACACCUACAGUGGAUAUAAAAAGUCAAAACACCCCUGUAGAAAGUGCAAAAUGAAAGCAGGAUCAUGUCAUCUCUUUUUCCACUUUUAAUUUGUGUUAGCAACUAGCAGAAGUGGAAAAUAAAACUUUUUAGGGAUAAAAAAAAAAAAACAGAAAGCAUAUUUUGCUUGUAACACAGCACUCUUGUCUUUUGAGGUAUGAGUCUACCAACUUCUUGAUUAUGCAAUUGUAGUUGCAAAAAUGCUCCAGAUAUAUUAAAUUGCAAGGUGACCUCCAUUGGGCAGAUUUUCAAUAGGAUUUGGACCAGGGAUCUGACUGGACCAUUACAAAAGAUUGAUCUUCUUCUUCUUAAGCUAUUCCUUUGUUGACCUGUAUUUAGGCUUUGGGUCGAUGUUAUGCUAGAAAGUGAAAUUUUUCAGAGGUCUGCUGAAUUUGUGCCAAAUUACAGGUUAUUUGGAACCCCCAUGCACCCGCAGGUUUAUUUAAAUUCUCUUCUUGCCCAUUUGGCUAUUGUAGAGGGACAUCCUGUUCUUGGCAAUGCCACUAUGGUACCUCAAUUUCUCCAGCUGAUGAUGGAGUUUUAUGGCACAUCAUAUGAUUCAAAUUCUUUUGUCUCCCUCUGCUGAUUGAUAGCUUUCAACACUGUAUAUUCUGUACAUGAUUCUGUACAUGAUUGGUAAACUCUUUGUGACCAUAACUUCAGCAAUUGGACGUAUCUAAGAAGAUAUAAAGAAAAUCCUACAGAAACUGCAAGGUGGGUGCAAUCAGGUUAAUUUCUUUUCUUUUUUUCUUCUAAAAUGUUUCUAUUUGUUAUCCAUCUGAAUAUUGUUGGUUGCUAAAUCACAUCGAAGAUGGAAAAAGAUCAGACAUGAUUUACCUUUGAUUAAUUUUUUAGAUCACACAGGGGUGAUGGUAUAUAGAAGUGUGAAGACUUUUUAAAUACAUUAUGUGAAAUUUUGGACAAAUGUGCACUCCAUCAUCCUCAUCUAAACACUAAGUAAGGAAUAUCUUUUGGAAGAAUGUUCAUUUAUUGCUCCAGUACAACAGAGGCUUGUAGAAUCUAGUGCACUGAUGCUGUUCCGGUCAGUUUGUAUAUGUGAGUCAAUAAAUUAAUGAAUAAACAAAG